UCUUCAUUUCAUCAUCCCUCCACAACUUCACUCUCAGUUGUAAGAAUUCACUCUGAAACCAUGGCUAAGGCAAUGACUCUGCUGUGGGGGGCUGGAUCGCCUCCCUGCUGGAGGGUGAUGAUCGCUCUGGAGGAGAAGAACCUGCAGGGCUACAACCAAAAACUGCUAUCCUUCGAUAAAAUGGAGCACAAGUCCAAAGAAGUGUUAGAUAUAAAUCCCAGGGGACAGCUUCCAACAUUCAAACAUGGAAACACUAUUGUGAAUGACUCCUAUGCAGUCUGUUUUUACCUGGAGAGCAAGUUUAAGUCCCAAGGAAACAAAUUGAUCCCAGACAGCCAAGAAGAACAAGCUCUGAUGUACCAACGCAUGUUUGAGGGUCUCACAUUCUACGACAAACUCAAUGCGGUUAUUUACUACGACUGGUUUGUCCCUGAAGGUGAGAGACAUGAAUCAGCUCUGAAUAGAAACAAAGAGGCUCUGACCACUGAACUCAAACUCUGGGAGGGUUACCUGCAGAAGCUGGGCUCAGGCUCUCAUGUGGCAGGACCGUCCUUCACACUGGCAGAUGUGGUCAUUUUUCCUACGGUUGCUUAUCUUUUCAGAUUUGGGCUGUCUGCAAAGCGUUAUCCUAAACUUGGAGAGUAUCACAAUCUGCUGAAGGAUAGACCCAGUGUCAAAGCCAGCUGGCCUCCUCAUUGGCUGGAGAACCCUGAGGGCCAAGACACACUGAAAGACAUCUGACAUAAAUGCAGACUUGAAUGAAUGUCAUUGUGUGUAUAUCAAACAACAGUCUGUUGACUGAUACAAGUUCAGGUUCUAUUAACAGCAGUUGUUUUGUUGUUUGUUUGUUUUUAAUAUGAGAUGUCAUGUAGCAUCAACCAACAGUC